GUCGGUGCUGCGGGGGGAACCCUGUAUCCCCCAGCCAUGGAGGCGCAGGUGGGGCUGCGGGGGGACGGGGCAACCUGAGGACUGGCAACUGCCCCCCGCGGCGAGGAGCGCUGGAGGAAGGACCACGCUGAUCCCCUCACAGGUGUCUCCGCUGUAAGUGCCCUUAUGCAGUAACUCAGAGACAUCCAGACUUUCCGUUUGUUAUUGCUGCCGCGAUCUUCAACGAUGAUGUUGUCAGAGCAAGCCCAGAAGUGGUUCCCAACUCACGUGCAAGUUACGGUCCUUCAAGCCAAAGGUCUGAAGCCAAAAGGUAAAAAUGGCAGCAACGAUGCCUACACCAUCAUACAGCUGGGCAAGGAGAAGUACUCCACCUCGGUGGCUGAGAAGACCCUGGAUCCUGUCUGGAAGGAAGAGGCCUCCUUUGAGCUUCCUGGAUUACUCAUGCAGGAGAAUCCAGAAAAAUACAUCCUGUACCUGAUCGUCAUGCACAGGUCACUGGUGGGGCUGGACAGGUUUUUGGGACAGGUGGCAAUAAGCCUGAAUGAUAUAUUUGAAGACAAAGAGAGACGGAAAACAGAGUGGUUUCCCCUAGAGUCCAGACAAGGGAAGAGAACUAAGGACAGAGGAGAAAUAAAGGUCAAUAUUCAGUUUAUGAGGAAUAACAUGACAGCAAGUAUGUUUGAUUUGUCAAUGAAGGACAAAACCAAAUCCCCUUUCGCUAAACUAAAAGACAAAAUGAAGGGUCGGAAAAGCGACGGGACGUUUUCGGAUACAUCUUCUGCAAUCAUCCCAAGUACUCACAUACCUGAUGCACACGUAGAGGUAUGUAGUGGUGAAGUACAAGUGAAAUCAAAACCAAAAAAACCUUUUCUUCUGGGACCUCAGCGACUAUCCUCAGCUCAUUCGAUGUCAGAUUUAACGGGAUCACAUGUCUCCUCAGAAAAAGCAAAAACUGGCACGGUUGGCUACUCUCAUCUUUUCAGGCGUCAGCUGGAAUCUUUUGGUUCGCUUGAUGAAGGUGGGAGUCUGAAAUCUCCACAUAGAAGGACAUUAAGUGUUGAUACUUCUAAAAUGAACCAACUCGACAGCACAGUUGAUGAAACUGCACUUGAAGCACAAAAUGACCCAUUUACCAAUGUGAGUGCUUCGUUACCCCAAAAAUUUGCUACACUGCCAAGACAGAAGAAUCCAUUUGAAGAAAGCCCAGCAACAUGGGAUCAAAACAUAAGUCUGUUUUCCAAACCUGUUGAAAUCAGAAAAGAAACUAAAAAAGAGAAAAAAGAGAGCCUUUUUGAAAGAGUGACUGGAAAAAAAGAUAGCAAGAGGUCAGAUAAACUUAGCAAUGAGGGAUCAGACAGUUCUGCUGACUUGAAAUCACCUAGCACGUUUGGUGAAACUCAUCAGGAGAGUUUUGAUUAUGAUUCCACUAAUCCGUUUCUGACAAACUUCAAGCCUUCAAGCAUGUUGCCAUCUUCAAGUUUUCAUACGAAUCCUUCUGGCAUUGAAGACCUCAGGAAAACUACGGAUGGAAAUCCUUUUGACGCCACUGCAGGAUACCGUAACCUUACUUACGAAGAGGUUUUGCAGGAGCUGGUGAAACAUAAAGAGCAACUUAAGAAGAAAGACACCCAUAUUCGGGAACUUGAGGAUUACAUUGAUAAUCUUCUUGUGCGAGUCAUGGAAGAAACACCCAGUAUUCUCCGAGUGCCAUAUGAACCCUCUCGCAAAGCUGGCAAAUUCUCCAAGAGCUGAGACAGCGAUCCUUGAUGGUACUUUCUGCUGGAUACAUUAGUGGAAGGAAAUCACACUUUAACAUUAUGACUUUUCUUCAUUCCUUUUCUCCUAAGAAAUUCUAGGAAUCAGAGGAUGACAGGACUAUGGGGGGAGGGGGAGGGCAGAGGGUGUUUGUUUUUUACUCCAAACACUAGCAGAGGCUGCCAAAAGUAUUCUGUUAGAUUUCCAAAUGAACCUUUUUCUUCUUCUUUUUGAAAGCACCUUUAGGUACAAAGUACUUCCAGUAGAGUUAAUAAUACACAUUAAAUAAGUCCAUGCAGUUUUAUAUAAUAGCUUAGUGUUCACCACGUGGCAGUUUCAACUGGGAAGCCUGUGCUUUUAUGAAUGUUUUCUUGAAUGGUUUUUGGUAUUAUGCAAACAUUGCAAUUCUGAUACUACAGCAUGCCAUCAUGACCACUGUUUCCACGCCAGCAUACUAUGCUUUACUAAACCUAGUGUGGUUUGCUGCAAUGGAAUGUAGUUUGUUCUACACGUAUUAGAGGAAAACAGUGAUGCACAGUCUUUGCAGAGUAAAUGCUGUAUUCUAUACAAUGUGCUUUUUGUAUAACAAUGUAAAAAAUAGCCGUGCCCAUUUCAGUAGUGGCACAUGCUGGAAUCAGUUGUUUUACACAUAAAUGCUGAAUUGUGUGUAUAAUGAUUGAACUCUGGUAGUGAGCUCAUGACAUAAGAUUGUUUCAAGGAUCUUUUUGUAUGAAGUUAUUGCAUGCCUUUUUAUAUGUUAAAGUCCUUUGAACAGUGUUAAUGGAGGGAGGAGUGGGGAAAAGUAUGGAGUAAAGAUAUGAAUACUUCAGUCAAAAGCUGCUACAGUGAAAAUGUAGGCAGAAUGAGCAGACUGAUUUAAAUAGACAUGAUAAUUCAGAAAAUAGAGCUGGCUUAAUUUAAGGUUGAGUUUUACAUGAUAUAUGCCUGUCUUAGUGUUUUUGAAUCUUAAGACAAUGAGGUAUACACCUUUAGAAAUAGGCUAUGUGGCUUAAGCACAUCUAGAGUACUUAGGCUUUUCAUUAAAAAAAACCCCACCUCUGUAUUCCUUGUAAGUACUUCUUAAAGUCAGUUUCCAUUGAAGCAAAUGAAAGAAGAAUGUAGUAAAUGUCUUCCUGAUUAUUUAAUAAUUGUUUGUAAAAUGCCACGUGAAAAAGCUAUCUGUCAUUAAAUAAAUUGGAACAAUAUAGUGGUGAACACAGAAUGGGAAGAUACUGUAGGAGAGAAAUCCCCACAUCAUAAUAUUAACAGAAAUAGAUUUUCAUUUCCUUCAUAGGAGGCUCGGUUGGAUUGUCACUUGCUGUGAAACAGUAAGAUGGUACUUAAAAAAAAUACAGGGAAAAUUUUAGGUUUGGAUUUAAGAAAAUUAACUGUCUUUUCCCCUACUUCUUUUUUCACACCUGAUCAGCUUUUUUUCUUACAACUGUUACUGAGGAGGAAAAAAAAAAGCUGGAAAUUAAGGUCCACACUUUUUUUUGUUGUUGUAAAAGAUCCAAAUUUUUUUUUUCAUAUUUAAAGCUGAAAAAACAAAUUAGUAGAGUAAUUAUCAUCUGGAAAAGCUGAAGAAGUUCUACUAUCUGAAUGCCUUUGACAGUGUUACGUGACAGUACAGAAUUAUUUUUGUUAGAAGAAAAUACUUCUUUGUACAGUUAUUCUCAGCUUUCAUUUACUUAGUUUUUCUUCUUUUUAUUUUCUUCUUUUUUAGCAACUACCUCCCAUCCCCUUAGCAGUAUGUCCCUGAAGUAUCUGCAGCUUGAGUGUUCCCCUGGUGGGGAUCCCUUAGUGUCAAUCGUUGUGCCUGGAUGGAGCCUGAAUGAUUCAAGCCUUCCCCACCUGUAGUGCUUUGCAUUUAGAUGGCUGUAGAACAGAAAUGGGCCCACUUCAUCAGGUAGUCUCUCUCUUUUGACAGCCUGAGGAUUGAUCAAGUUGGGUACCUCAUAAACCACAUGAAUGUUCUUUUGACCAACUUCACAUCUAAAUGACUGUAAAUCUGUUCUGAUAUAUUCCAAGUGCCAAAGGUUAUGUACUAAGUUAUGGUACGUUUACUGUUGGAAGUUAGGUUUUGCACUCAAUUAGAUUCUAAUUUCCUAAUUACACCAAGAUGUAUUUCAGUUACUCAGUAUUUCCAUGAAAGUUCUUAAACACUUUCAAGUGUUUGGCUGAAGCAAGUGGUUUUCUCAUAUUGUUAAUGGGGAAGUAUUGUGCAAUUGUUUUGAAUUCCACAGUCAUUUUCAAACUAACUGCAAUGAGACCAUCUGUAGUAUCUACAGUGAUGAAAUCAUACACACCAAUGGGGCUUAACGAGUAAACUAAGCAGAGACUGCGCUCCAGUGACUUUUCACUUGCAAGCCAACUUAUCAUUAUUAAAAUGAAACUCUACUAUAUUUAGCACCUCUGCAAUCACUUCUUUUAGAAUGUAAAUGUCGAAUAUCAAACUGCAUAAUUGACUAAAAGCAGAUCAUUUGACAUAUUUGCAUACCAAGAACGAUAAGCAGAUUAAAGGUAGCGAAAAGAUCAAUUUUUGUGCAUUAGUGAAGAAAUUUAGUGAAGCUUUGAAUGUGCUAUCUACUCUUUAUCUGAUCUGUAAGUAAAUAAAAGCACCUUUUGUUUCUAAUAGUUUGUCAAAAAAGAGGGGAGAACAACAAAUGCCAGUUUAGGAAAAGGUAAAGUUAUCAGGAGAGGCAAACUGGGACAUUUAGAGUUCAUAGAGUUCUUCUAGCUAAAGAUAUUGACUGCUUUUGGAGCAAUUCUAGAAAGAUUACAUGCACAUCAUUUCCUACUUAGCAAACAACAACAACAAAUAAUUCCAAGGUUCUUUUUGAAAAGCACCUUCACCCUGUGUAUUUUUUGAACCGUGCAGCUUUUGAGUGAGAGCAUUUCACACAGACCAAUUUAUAUGUUGAAAACAAAGAAAGUUCUGUUUCUCCCAUAGGAUAAAAUCAUAAAUGUUCAGGCAGAUCAUUUGAAAACCAUAGUAAUUUCACAUAAGUCUUUCUUGCCCUAUAAAAUAUAGGGAUGAAAAUUUUGGACAUCCUCAUAUUAUUUAUACUCAAAACUCAAAAGCGAGUCCAUCUACAUGCACACUGUGCUUGGAAAUUAUCCUUUGAAGCAGCUCUGCUCAUAGCCAUGUACUUUGCUUUAAAGAACAAAAACCAAGGCCAUACUUUACUCUUGUAAGUAGCAAAUUUAAACUUUCUGCCAUUCAAGAAGGAUUUUUAAUAAUUACAUAUGUUACCUCUUGCUGCUGUAUUUUACGUUUAGCUUGGUUUUCCACCUACUAAUGAAUGUAGCAUUCUGCCUAGAUUAUACAUAACUACAUUUAUUGCUGUUGGCUGUGUAUCAAGAACUAUUUGUAACUUUCCAGCUGUGAAAAUGUUGCCUUGCAUUUAGAAAGGUUUCAUAAUUUGGGGACCUAAUGAAACUCAUGCUUAUUCAGUACUGGUCUGCAUCUCUUCCUGUACAGGAUGCCCUUUCUUAGAUGCAUCUUAAAACAAACAGAACUGCUGUCUUAAUACGUUUACUGCUGCACUGGAGGCUUAUUUAUGCUUCCAGCUUUAAAGAAAAAUUAUUGUCCUACAUAAGUAUGUAAAGUAAGCUCAUGCUUUUUUGCUCUUUAUGUAUCCAUUACUGUUAUAGAUACGGUAGAGGUGUUAGCUGUGGGCUUUUACAGUGGUGAUAUUUAAGGCAUGAUGACUAACUUCCUCUCUUUGAAGUCCAUGGUGAAGGAUUUUAGCACUGCUGUGUGGAUGAUGCUAGAUUUAAGGGUCUGUCAGCACUUUUGGUAUGAAACCCUAUUGUCAGGGAUUUAUAACUUCUAAAUGUAGAUGCAGUCACUGGAAGUAUUUAAUAUGCAAUAGGUAGCACUUUAAACUGUUUCUGAAGGGGUUUGAGACUUGUUCCUGUUGAAAAAGGUGUGAUCUCCUAAAACGUGGUGGGCAUUUGCUUUAUCUUUCCUGGUUUGUACAUUGAAUGUGUGUUACAAAUGGCAGAGCCAUUCCUGUUCAUCUUAGAAGCUUCCAGAUGUCUUGUAUUACAAUGUACUAUAAAAAGCUGAAGAUCCGGGUUAUAUAGCGAGUCUGCAAAAGAUACCAACAUUACUUGUAACUUGAGGGUUGAUUUUUGUCUCGUGCAAUCAAUGGUAGUUUGUCUACAUUUAAUAAUGGUACAGAAUCAUAACUAUAUGCACAUGUGAAAACUAUAAACUUAGAAUGCAUGGAAAAAAAAAAAAACCUUUAUUUUUGUUUCAUUAUUGCAACUUCAGCUCCUUUAAUUUGAUUAAAAUGUUAUCUUACUGUUUUGUUUUCUGUUCAUUAAAUAAAUAUUGCAUGUCUUAACACUAAUAAAGCACCACAAUGCACUGCUGCAGUGUUUCUUGAAUGGUGAUGUUAA